ACGAGAUCUUCAAUGUCCACGUCGAACUCUACGACGUAUAUAGAUAUUUUUAUGUUUAAAGAUGUAAGAAAGAAUAACGUUUAUCAUAAAUGAUCUGAAAGGUCAAACAGCACUUAUGAUGCCAACUUACGUUUUUCAAAGUUUUAUGAUCUUGGUGAAAAUUAAAUAACGCGUAUUGCCGCAUAUUAAUCGUACGAAAUGUUUUUCAUUUAUUUUUCGCACUUGAUUAUAUCGAAUAACCUCGAAAUGGGAUAUGACAUUUGACCACAUUACAUGUUUUGAUGUGACAAUUGGUGAGUAAUAAGUGUAGCGGGUUGAGUGUACUGCCGUGCUAGGGCGGAACAACUGAUAAGCCAUUACGCAGCCAGCGUAUCGAGAUAUUUUACAGGAAUUGUUGAAUGAAACAUUAGUCAAGAUGAAGAAAAAGGUAUUGUUGAUGGGAAAAAGUGGGUCUGGAAAGACUAGUAUGCGCAGCAUUAUUUUUGCGAAUUAUAUAGCCCGAGAUACUCAUCGUCUAGGAGCAACAAUUGAUGUUGAACAUUCCCAUGUUCGCUUUCUGGGCAACUUGGUACUAAAUUUAUGGGAUUGUGGAGGCCAAGAAGCAUUUAUGGAGAACUAUUUUGCAUCGCAGCGUGAUAACAUAUUUAGGAAUGUAGAGGUGUUGAUUUAUGUCUUUGAUGUGGAAUCAAGAGAAUUGGACAAGGAUAUGCAUUAUUACCAAAGCUGUUUAGAAGCAAUACUGCAGAAUAGCCCAGAGGCCAAGAUAUUUUGCUUAGUUCACAAAAUGGAUCUUGUACAAGAGGACCAACGAGAUUACAUAUUUAGGGAAAGGGAGGAAGAUCUGAAAAGACUGAGUUUACCUCUAGAAUGCACUUGUUUUAGAACCAGCAUAUGGGACGAGACAUUAUAUAGGGCGUGGUCAUCCAUUGUAUAUAUGUUGAUUCCCAAUGUGAAAGAACUUGAGCAAAGCUUGAAUCAGUUUGCAAAUAUUAUUGAUGCUGAUGAAGUUCUUCUGUUUGAAAGAGCCACCUUUUUAGUAAUAAGUCAUUGUCAGCGGCAGUUUCAUAGAGAUGUGCAUCGUUUCGAAAAAGUUUCCAAUAUAAUAAAGCAAUUUAAAUUGAGUUGCAGUAAACUAGCUGCGCAGUUUCAAAGCAUGGAAGUUAGAAAUACUAAUUUUGCGGCCUUUAUCGAUAUAUUCACAUCGAAUACGUACGUAAUGGUCAUCAUGUCUGAUCCAACUAUACCAUCUGCAGCAACAUUAAUCAAUAUACGUAAUGCGCGAAAGCACUUUGAAAAAUUGGAGCGCGCAAGCCAGAGUUCGGCAUUAAGUAGAUAGAAGUCGGCGCGACCCAGGCGCCUCGUCACCCGGGUCCAACCUAUUAAUAACUGUUGAAAUUUAUAUUGAAGUUCGAGUUAAAAAAAUUAUAAGUAAAUUUGGUGGAAAUUUACAUAUAGAAAAAUCGAAACUCUGCUUUAUAUCGUUAGGAUAAUAUGUGACUGCGACGAUACGAUUGUUUAUUGAUGACAUUUAGUCACAAAGUACUCUAAUAUACGACUUUCAUCAUGAGCGUUUAUGACAAAAUAAAUGUAUAAUUGACGUAUCCGAGAGAGGCUGACGAUCAUCGAUAUUUCAGAUCAUUUAUUAGGUUCAUCAUAAAUUUGUCAUUCAUAAUGUACGUGUAUGUAACAUGAUCGUAAUGCGUUUGCAAUUUAUUAAUAGAAUACCUCUUGUACAUGCGCUAUUCUUUUGCUUUAUUUCGAAUUGUAUUUUCGAUUAAAGGAUUGUUCGUAAUCCGAAUUAGUUGCAAUAAUAUCCAACGAAUGUUAGUAAUAAAUAAAUCAUUUGCAGCCCUAA